AUUCUCGUUUCAUUUUUGUCACUCACAUACUUUUAUUGCUAGGUAGUGAUACUCAACUUGGAAACAAAUUAUUGACUCGGUAAUUAAUUCUUAUGAUCAUGUUUUUGUUUCAGAAGUUCUGCUGCUGAAUUCGAGGAAAUCAAAACCAGAGAAAGUUCAGCCCAUCCAGUUUAGAUAAUGAACACGAGAAAAGACUUUAGAGAUCUCCUAAUAUGACUUUGAUCAUGUCGUCCAACAUGCAGGGUCCAUUUGAAAGCUAUAACUCCACUAGGCCUAAUAAGCUGAUCAACGAAAUUAACGAAAAGCUGAAACACCGCUCUAAAAGCAAAAACUCUGAUUUUGAGUCUCGUGAUUCAGUAGAAAGUCUGGAUAAAAGCGAACAAUGCAGCACUGACAGUGUGACACCAACAAAUAAAUCACGUUUCAACAAAUCACCCUUUAAGAGUUUUUUUAAAAGAGAAAAUAAACCAGCAUUGAAAACAAUAAGUGCUGAAGUUCCACCGCAAAAAGAGCCUGAAAACUUGUAUUAUGUGCCUGCUGGGGAUGAUCAAGUAAAUCCCAGUGUUUCAUCCAGAAAUGUUCAAGAUGAAGCAGACAUCUAUGAAGAAGUUCAAGUCCCAAGUCCAUCAUUGGAUAAAACUACAACAGAAAAAGAGAUCGGGAGCCGCUACCAAAAUAUUACAGCGCGCCAUCUACGUUCGGAAGUUUGUCCAGACCGUAAGAACAGAAAACAGUCGUACAGUGUAAACAACUUGCCAGAUGACGGCGAGGUAUCUGAACAUGGUGGAAGAAAACCUGAGUUAGAAUUACAUGAUACCGAGGCUUGGGGUCAUACUUAUGAUAGUAUUGAUCAAGAUGAAAAGCAUUCAGGGACUAACGCCAACCUCAAGGCUGAACGUGUACCCAAGGCUGUACUCAGAAAACUACCAGUGCAUGCAGACUCAAGUGUCCGCAAAACGCCACCACCCACCCUUCCAAAAACAGUGUGUAUCAAGAGGAGUUCAUCCGAGAAGAUCCAUGAAGAAUGGUGCAAGUUAAAUGACUCGGCAAGUCAACACGACAAGCAAGUGCCUCCUGCAGUGCCUACUGGUCAACUCAACAAGCAAGCGCCUCCUGUACUCGACAAAUCAGUGCCUCCUGUACUCAACAAGCCAGCGCCUCAUGCAGAUCCUUCUGUGCCUCCUGUACCUGCAAAGCCUCCCCUUUCAUCUCUCCCUCCUAAAAAAAACAAGGAACUACCAGAAAUCAAGAAGGAGUUAAAGUUAUUCAGGAAACUUUUGAAUCAACAGAAGGAUGUUGAUAUUACUAAGAUAGAAAUCAGUAAUGUCAACUUCACGGGGCGUAUUGUGGACAGCAGAGGUGGUCGUCUCCAGCUGAAAUCACAUGGUGUAGUCCUCUACAUACCACCUGGUGCUCUUGGAGAUGAGCCGCAGGAAAUAUUCGUCUACGUUCAACAGAACUUGACGUCAUCUUCUCAGAAUGGGUUUGUUACACCCAUUGUUCAUUGCGGCACCUCUGGGCUCAAGUUCAACAUUCCAGUCAUUCUGAGCUUCCCUGUCCAUGUCAAAGAUUCUUCUCAAUGGAAGUUGUCUGGGGUCCGUCAAGAUUCGUCCACCGAACCAUGGGCAGACAUUCCCGACUGCUCAAGCGAUACCAUACUGGUUAAUGACAAUCUUUGUACGGUAGUCGUUGAUCAUUUUACAGGGUUUGGUUUGGUUGGUUGUCCCAACGUACCGCAGCCUUCUUUAAUACCAAUCAGAAUCAAGGUUUAUAACUCGCAGACCAACGGCAUAGAUCCGGUGCACGGUUGUGUGAAGUUACAAGUUUAUUUCUGCGAUGAAUCAACAGAGACAUGUGAGUCAAUCAAGGAACGAGAGAAGGACAGCAAGUUGUUGCUGGAUAAAUCGCGAGGAUUCUUUUUGCACGUCAGCAAUAGGGGUCCCAACAAUGCCAAUCUGGAUGUGACAUUUGAACUUGAAUGUUUAAAUCAACUCUGGAAAACAUCCUUCAAAAAACAGGUAUUUUCGUUGGCAAGAUGUGACGUCGACCAAUUUGAGGAAUCCUGCACCCUGAAUCUUAAAGUCCGACCUCAGGAGGCUGCAAUGGGCGCUGACUAUCGACCACUUGAAUGUGAAAUCGGUAUUUGUCAGAGCUCAUAUGAGGAGUUUGGAGUGACUGUCCGGGUAGUUGAUGAGAUUGGUGUUCGGAGUGAAAGAGAAAGCAUGGAUUAUCAUGGCAUGAGUAUUCUCCGACUGAAUGAGUUUGACCCAAUGUCUCUUGGAAGGUGCCGCAAACUCUCUCAUAAACUUGACUCUGAACGUCGCUGGAGGCUACUCGUCAAGCCAUGUUUCAUCGGGCAGGAAGCCGAGCGGGACUUUGAUAAACAUCUCCACCCUUCGUCCGCUGUGCUUGGCAUUGUUUUUUUGCAGGGUUUGAGGAGGAGAGAGUCAUCAAUGAUGACCUUAGUGCGAUUGGAAUCGAUGCUUAAUGAGUGCAAGUUGUUCAGAGCAGCUCAACUAGUUCAUGAUGACAUUGAGGAGUUGAAGGAGAAAUGUUCAGGCAAAGACAAUGGAGAGGUUUUUGUUCACUCAAUACAAUGUUCAGAUGAUGUACACAGCGACAGUGAUGAGGCAAAAUUACAUGUACAACGCCCAAUACGGAAUCCAGUCAAGGAUGAUGAUGAUGUUUACGAGCUGAUAUCAUCUGAUUUUCAAGGCGGAAACAAUGAUGAACGAGCGAGUAACCAUCUCCAAAAUAGAAUCCCGGAAGAAAAUGAUGAAAAUCCAAACCAAAUUCGCACAUUGCAAUCAAACCCGGUCAUUCUACCAGACACAGGACCAAACAAUUCUAGAAGUUUGCGAGGGCAGCGUCAAAGCCAAGAACCAGUCCAGAAUGAUUGGCCUUCAGAGCACUCGCGUUAUCAGAAUGUGCCACUAAAAGCAAGCUCGGACAGACCUAGUAAUAAUGGUUAUACAAGUUUUACUGUUGGAAACAAAAAACCCAAGUAAGUACUAUAGGUCUAAGUACAUUUAAGGGACUUGUUGCCUUGGAUCAGGUUUUUUGUUACUCCACAAAAUGGUCGACCUUGUUAGUUUACCAAAAAAAAAGGAUAACCCGAAGCACAGUGUCUGGAUCAGUACAUUUAUACAAAUCUUUAUCAUCGAGUAUUUCAGAACAAACGGUUUCAAAUGCUUUUCAAAGACCAACUCGCCCAAUCCAAGGCAACACCCUUUAAUGAAACACAAUAUGGAAUCUUUGUUAAUCAAUACUAAACCAGGACUUGUAUGUUACAGUUUUAAAUCGAGCAAACAUAACACCCCAACAAGCAAAAUAACAAAAACAUGAAGGCCGUGAUCGAAUUGUCGGCCACGGUUAUGUUGCGGAUAUGGCUAGAUCACCACAUCAUCAUGUGUUGUAGUAAAAGACGUCCUUAGAAACAGUCGUGGCCUGAGCCGUUGCUGCCAAUGGGAGAGUUUCCAAUGCUAGGGCGCAGCAGACUUACUGGGUAAAUUUCCAUUGUUUACGUAGUUCUGAACAUGCACAUAAUUCUGAGAACAAUGUAUUUAACCGGUAAGUCUGCUGCCACCUAUCGUCCCAGAAAGUCUCCUAUUUGUUGUGUGACUUUGCUCAGCCCCACUGGCACGGUUGUAGCUAGACCAAUUUUAGUGGAGGGCUAGGGAACUUGAUUUUUUUUUUUUUUGACGUCUUCCAAAGGCGAGUGGAUCAACAAAUUUAUUCAUGUUAAGUUACUGGAUGGACUAUCAAGUUUCUGCAAAUGAAAGUUUCUCAGUGGUUUCUUUCCCUGCCUUUCACUUCUGUGCAUCCUGGGUCGAAUCACACCUUAAAGGAACAUGUUGCCUUGGAUCGUUCCAGUUGGUCUUUGAAAAGCGUUUGUAACCGUUUGUUAU